CCAGCGCGACCCGCUGGGCUGGUUGUAGUGGCGGUGUCUGCGGUAUUCCCUGUACUUUAUGCGUCAAGAGGGGGGGACUGAAGCAGCCCUUCUUUGAUGCGCAUGGUCCGCAGCGCUGCUUCAGUUGUAUCUGCAGGUUCUCCUAGGCGCCGCUCACUGCCGCCGCCGCUACAUCCGAUGUGGGCGGUCCUGAGGUCUCUGCGGCGCCGGUGGUCCUGGGACGUUUUUUCAUUUUCAUUUUAAUUUUUAAUAUUACCUAUAAUAUUGUAAUGACCGUUACAUUUUUGCAGUUUCAUCUGUGGAUCAUUUUCUCCUCGUUGAGCUGGUCCUUGUGGUUAUAAUCACCCAGUUUAUAAUCCAGCAACAAAUAUUUAUCAAAUAGGCGUUUUGAACAAGUUGUUUUGCCAGUCCCUGUGGGGGCACAGAGAAUGACAUGGCAGAGUCCAGGCCUUCAAGAAUGGCACAGUCCGGACAGGCAGGGCCUCCUGACCUAGAAGCCAAGACUGCCCCGUAUUCCUGCCAUGUACCCCAGCCCUCUCGUCUACUGCACCUGCUGGGACCCUUGCAACUUGGGACCACGGAAGCUAAUCAAGACACCUCAACCACCAAGAAAGACCUCCACAGGGAAGUCCCAUGUAACUCUUCCUCCAGCUUCAAAAAAACAAAAUUAUGUCCAACCAACAACAAAACCUGCUGUCUCCCCAAAAGUGGAAAGCCGUUUAGGAAAACAAGCGGAGAGCAAUAAUUUACCUUGCGAAGUAAUCAACGUGUCACCUGGCUAUCGCCUCUUUCGGAAUAGGGAGCAAAUUUCCGUCACCUUGGGAGAUGAGAUGUUUGAUAGGAAAAAGCAUUUGAAAUCAGAGACCAUGGACAAAGUGAAAAUUUCCAGGACUGAAAUCAUUACUGACCUAGAGGAGCAGAUCUCAGAGCUGACGAUGAUAAUAGAGCAAAUGAACAGAGACCACCAGUCUGCCGAAAAAUCGCUCUCCAAUGAAAUGGAUCUCCGCUGUGCUGAAAUGAAGCAGCACUUUGAAAACAAGAACAGGGAGCUCAAAGAGGCUCACGCAGUAGAACUCAAGGAGUUGGAGAACAACUACAAAGCAGCCUUAAAAGCAGAGAAGUUGGCUGCCCAGGAAAAACUAGAGGAAAUGGAAAAGGAAUACAAGUAUUUGAAGACUAUGUUUCUUAUGUAUCAGGACAGCAUUUAUGAUGAAAUGGAAGAUAAGUGGUCAAGGAAGAAGGCAGAAUGGGAGAAGGAUAAGAAGUUGGAGCAGGAAAAGGUCCUACUACAGCAAAAAAAUAAGAUGACAAAAAAGUUUGAGCUAGAGUCAGAAGAAGAAAAGAAGAAAAUAAGUGAUUCCUACAGUGCUGUCUUUGAGAACCUCAAUCGAGAGAAGGAGGAACUCUUGAAACAACAUGAAAAGGAUACCUUGCUAUUAGAGGAGCUAAAAAAGACCAAAGAGAUUAUAGAGGAAGAGUUGCUUGCUCAAGCUAGUAUCCUAGAAUCUCUUAACACAACCCUCUACCAAACCCAGAUAGAACUCCAGAGAGAGAAAGCUGUGGUGGGAAAUCUGGAGAAAACACUCCAGACCAAGCUUGUCGAAUCUGAAGAGAAGUUUAAACAUACCAUACAGCUCCUGACACAGGAAAACAUUGAUCUGAGGCAAAAGAUAAUUGACAAGAAUGAAGAAAUGUAUGAAGAACAAUCUGGAAGAUCAACCUUUACUACUAUUUAUGAGGAUGAUUCGGAGACUGUGGAAGAUAGUGGCAACAAAAGAUAAGAAUUAUGAGCAGAAAAGUUGUUCUCCAUCAUCGGAGAUGGUAGGAAUACUAUCUCUGUAAGUCUAGAGGACUCAUGUAAGGUUUUCUUGAGAAACACAUAUGAUGAGUUUGGUUUGGGGUUGCCUUGAUUCUACUUCAGUCUUUUCACUGUUUGCUUUCCUCUGAGUGUUUGGGACUGUUUUGAUUCUCCUCACAACUACAUAGAUUUUUCAUGAUUCUUCAUUGUGAAAAGUGAUGUUCUCUAUACCUAGAGCUGAGCAUUCUCUGGGUGUACAAUUUUCUCUUCUAUUUUUACAUAUUUCUUUGUGAAGACACUGAUCUGAACAUUUUCUUCCUGUUAAAUGUUGACUGUAUUUUGGACUAUACCUUUUGCCCCCCUGGGGCAUUUAGCUAGGAAGAAAGAAUUAAUUGGUUUGAUUACAAAAAUCUUUCUUUUUUACAUGUGUUCCCCACUCUCCUACCUCCCAAUCAUGUUUCCUAAACUAUGAUUUAGGAAGAGUUUCUGAUGAUUCUCACCUUCUCCAAACCAUUGUUAGAAUUCAAGUGCCCACAGGAUAGGCAACAUAAAUAAGUGAAGUGGGCUGGGCAUGUGGGAAAACAAUCCCACAAACACACUGAUAAUCAGUAACUGGCAGCAGCUUCAGUAGAGGAGAUUGGGGUGUCAGGGGCAGUGAGAACUCAUUCCAUUGCUGCCAUACAGGAGCAUGGGGUCAACGUGGUCAAAAUAUUUAAGUUUUUCAAAAGAAAGUAUUCUGGUUUUUAUGUGAAAUCUCCCAAUUUGUAAAUAUGAACAACCAUUUCUUAAAAAAUACAACUGUGUGAGUCAACAUUGGGAGGCUCAAGUGAAAUAACUGUGAUUUAGAUAUUUUCUACCUGUGAGAUGCAUGAGCUAAAAAGAAAAUAAGCGAAACAACAUCCAAGGAGCAGUAAGAUUAAAUUAUAUUUUAUUAAAAAGAUUUCAAGU